AUGACUUCUAUGCCAUUGCAGAUAAUCUGUGCCGUGGGCGCAGUCGUUGCGGGUGCCGGAGCCGUCGGUGUUGGCGCGCAGGGCACGCGGUACGAGCAGGAGCGGCUGCUGCGCAAGAGCUGCACGCUCUACGUGGGGAACCUCUCGUUCUACACCACGGAGGAGCAGAUCCACGAGCUGUUCGGCAAGAGCGGCGACGUGAAGAAGAUCAUCAUGGGACUGGACAAAGUGAAGAAAACCGCCUGCGGCUUCUGCUUCGUGGAGUACUAUGCAAGAGGAGAUGCUGAAAAUGCAAUGCGAUACAUCAAUGGAACCAGACUUGAUGACAGGAUCAUAAGGACAGACUGGGAUGCAGGAUUUAAGGAGGGUAGACAGUAUGGUCGUGGAAGAUCAGGGGGCCAGGUCCGGGAUGAGUAUCGGCAAGACUAUGAUGCAGGAAGAGGCGGCUAUGGCAAGACUGUUCAAUGCCAGUGAAUGACUCCUCAGCCUCACAGGAGAACUAAAGCUGCACUGUAAAUGUCAUGAGCCAUGAAAUAGAUCUGUUGCACACAAAUUUGAGUAACUAGCAAUUCACAGAAACUACUGUCAGUGUUGCUGUGGUCACUUAGGGUGUUCAAUAUUUCUUCCGUUUUAU